AUGGCAACUUCAUAUUUAGUUUAUAAUAAUCAAGGCCUAAGUUUAAACUCUUUUGAACAUUCGCUUGAUGUGGAUUUGUACAUGAUAUAUGAAAAUGAAUUCAAAUCGUUAAAUAACAAGCCAUCAAUUAAACCUAUAAAUCCCGUUAAAUUUAACGCUGUUCUCCAACCAAUAAACUCUUGUAAAUUGUCCAAUCAAUCUGAUGCGUCACCAGAUCUAGUUAUUUUUGUCAAAUCAGCGUUGUUACAUCUUGAAUUACGUAAUAAUAUACGCCAGUCUUGGGGUAAUUCAAACUGUUUCCGUUAUUUUGGAGUGCGUACUCGAAUUCUUUUCAUUCUUGGUAGAUCGGGUUCCACCGAUUGGAAACAUUCCAGUACUCAAAGUAUGGUGUUACAAGAACAUAUGAAGUAUAACGACAUAGUUCAGUUUGAUUUUAUUGAAGACUAUCAUAAUGUUACGUAUAAACUGAUAGCGACAUUAGACUUUGCUAUUAAUGAAUGUUCUACUUCUCGAUUUCUCACUUUGAUUGAUGAUGAUUUCAUGUUGCACCCAUCUAAUUUACUCCGGACACUUGCCAAAGUUACUGAAACUCAGUAUUUGAACUAUAUAGCUGGUAAUGUGUUGCGUCUCUGCAAACCAACGAGGUUCCCAUUCAGUAAAUGGUAUAUUUCCUAUUCAGACUAUCCAUACAGUUUAUAUCCAGCCUUCCCUUCUGGCGGAACUAUUAUUCUCAGCAUGCCUGUCGCCCAGCUUCUUUCUGUUGGUCUGAGGUAUAUCAAAUUGCUUCCUUUUGAAGAUGUUGUAAUUGGCCUUGUAUUAUAUAAACUGGGUAUUAGUCCUGUACAUUUGGAUGGCGUUUAUGUAGUUCGUUAUCCAAAGAGUCAUACUGGUGAUCUCAUAAGUGUUCAUGGGUACGGUGAUAAUUCCUUUUCCUUAUCUAGUUGGAAUAAGCUUGGUUUGCAGACUGUUUGCGACAGAUAGACUAUCUUCUUGCUCUUUUCUUUGUUAUUGUUUGUAUAUUCAAUAUGUAACAGUAGGUUAACGUUACGUUAACCUUAGAGAAUUUCCAGUCGAUUAUUAUUCACUUUCUGAUUUGCUGAUAACGUCUUUGGGAGUGUAGUUACUUAGUUACUAGUAAAAAUGUCACACCUAAAAUUUCUCAUGCUAAUAAUUGAACUGUUUGUUCCUCAACUUGUCGAAUAAUUAAUCACAAACUAUCUAAUUGUAAUGUAAAUAUUCAUAAAACUCUCAUCUUGUAAAUAAUUCGUAACUGCAUAAGUUUUAUUUCAAAUUGAAAGUAAAUUGCUAUAAAAAUAUUUGAAAUGUUUUUUUAUUUGUACAGAUAUUGACAAGGCAUAUGUCUGAAAGGAUGCUGCCUCACUUAUAGGACAAGUUCAAAAAUCUGAGAAGUUAAUGCAUUAUCAUAAGUUAUUGCUUCCUAAUACUGUCAACAGGUCUUAACAGGAAACAAGGUAGCCUAUCUGAGAAAGAAAUACAGUUAAGCGUUAGUUGUUAAAUAUUUAAUCUUUGGUCUGUCUGUUUGAUUGAUUAGACUAAAGCUGGUGCUUCCUUAAACUUUUCUGUCUAACUGAUGACCGAAUCGAAUAUUGAUUAAGUUAACGGGAAACAAAUUUAGGUUGUUAGGUGAUGGGGUUAAAGUUUACGUAUUUUAACUCAUGUUACUACAUGGAUUCAAUAGUUCUACUUAUGGAUCAAUGAACUUAAAUAAUUGAACCACUUCCCGCUAUAGUUUUGGGUCUGUUAAAAUGAUGUUUGCAGAGUUGUAUUUUCGCUAAAUAAUAGCCUUUUGUGAUCUCAGGCUGUAUAUGAUUUCUAUUGCUUAGCAAAACAUAGGUUACUUGAAGCGGGGUUCGCUUUUGUCGCCAAUUUUUACCGUUGAGCAAUGAAUGGCUGAUGUGGUGGGUUUUUUUCUUUCAUGUACUUCACAGCGUCUGAAAUGUAGUUUCAUUCACUUGUUUCUCUAAGUGUCAAGUUUGUUAACAUAUGGUCGUUUGAUUAGUAAUGGGUUUGACUAUCAAUUCUUUAUGAAUUCAGUAGUUUGGUAAUUAUGAAGUAGUUUCUCUCCCUCUUGAAAUACUCUCAC